CGCGGGGCGGGACCAGACAGAGGGAGACCGGUGUGCGGCGGGCGGUGUUGGAGGGGCGGCGGCGCGGGCAGGCGGCCGGCCAUGAUCGCGUCGUGCCUGUGUUACCUGCUGCUGCCGGCCGCGCGCCUCUUCCGCUCCCUCUCAGAUGCUUUCUUUACGUGUCGAAAAAAUGCCCUUCUGGCGAAGAGCUCGUCCCCCCAGGUAGAGGGUAACUUUGCCAUGGCCCCUCGGGGGCCGGACCAGGAGGAGUGUGAGGGCCUGCUGCAGCAGUGGCAAGAAGAAGGUUGGAGCCAGGCCCUCUCUACUGCGAGUGAGGGUCCUCUUGCAGAUAAGGGACUAGCUGAGAGCAGUCUGGCACUCCUGAUGGAUAAUUCUGGAGAACAGGAUGCUGCCUCGGAGGACAAGUGGUCCAGCAGGCAGCUGAGUGACCUUCGGGCAGCAGAGAACCUGGACCAGCCUUUCCCUGAGGUGCCAGGGGAGGAGCCACUGGCCGAGGUUGAGGGCCCUUUGUGGGCAGCUGUCCCUGUGCAGACAGGGCCCCAGUAUGCAGAUUGCGCUGUCCUCCCAAUGGGCGCAAUGGCUGCAGAGCAAUGGGAAGAGGACCCUGCGAUGGUGGCCUGGAGUAUAGCACCGGAGCCUAUGCUCCAGGAAGAGACUUCCAUGUGGCCCUUUGAAGGCCUGGAGCAGCUGCAGCCUCCCCCGAUGGAAAUACCCUAUCAUGAAAUCCUGUGGCGAGAAUGGGAGGAUUUCUCCACGCAGCCAGAUGCUCAGGGUCUGGAGGCAGGGGAUGGCCCUCAGUUCCAGUUCACUCUGAUGUCAUAUAACAUCCUGGCCCAGGAUCUGAUGCAGCAGAGCUCAGAGCUCUAUCUGCAUUGCCAUCCAGACAUCCUCAACUGGAAUUACCGCUUUGCCAACCUCAUGCAGGAAUUCCAGCACUGGGACCCUGAUAUCCUGUGUCUUCAGGAAGUCCAGGAAGACCAUUACUGGGAGCAGCUGGAGCCCUCUCUGCGGAUGAUGGGCUUCACCUGUUUUUACAAGAGGAGGACGGGGUGUAAAACGGAUGGCUGUGCUGUGUGCUACAAGCCCACCAGAUUCCGUCUGCUCUGCGCCAGCCCUGUGGAGUUCUUCCGACCGGGGUUGGAGCUCCUCAAUCGGGACAAUGUGGGCUUAGUGUUGCUGCUGCAGCCGCUAGUCCCAGAAGGUCUGGGGCAAGUCUCAGUGGCUCCCCUAUGCGUGGCAAAUACCCAUGUCCUGUACAACCCACGUCGGGGUGAUGUCAAGCUGGCCCAGAUGGCCAUUCUUCUGGCCGAAGUGGACAAGGUGGCCAGGUUGUCAGAUGGCAGCCACUGCCCUAUCAUCUUGUGUGGGGACCUGAAUUCUGUCCCUGAUUCACCUCUCUACAACUUCAUCAGGGAUGGAGAGCUCCAGUACAAUGGGAUGCCAGCCUGGAAGGUUUCUGGACAGGAAGACUUCUCUCAUCAGCUUUACCAGAGGAAGCUGCAGGCCCCACUGUGGCCCAGCUCCCUGGGCAUCACUGAUUGCUGCCAGUAUGUCACUUCCUGUCAUCCCAAGAGAUCAGAGAGACGUAAGUAUGGCCGAGACUUCCUGCUACGAUUCCGCUUCUGCAACAUCGCUUGUCAGCGGCCGGUAGGACUGGUCCUCAUGGAAGGAGUAACAGACACUAAGCCAGAUCGACCUGCUGGUUGGGCCGAGAGUAUCUUUGAGGAAGAGAUAGCAGGACUUGAGCCUGUCUUCUCCAGGACUAUAGGCACCAUCCAGCACUGCCUCCACCUGACCUCAGUAUAUACCCAUUUCCUGCCCCAGCAUGGCCGCCCAGAGGUCACAACGAUGCCCUUAGGUCUUGGGAUGACGGUGGAUUACAUUUUUUUCUCAGCCGAAUCCUGUGAGAAUGAGAAUCGAGCCGAUCACAGGCUGGAUCGAGAUGGGACUCUCAAGCUCCUGGGCCGCCUCUCCCUCCUCUCUGAAGAGAUUCUCUGGGCUGCCAAUGGCUUACCCAACCCCUUCUACUCUUCAGACCAUCUCUGCCUGCUCGCCAGCUUCGGCAUGGAAGUCACUGCCCCAUGAGGGCCCCAGGGAAAGAGCUCACUGGAUGGACGACUGCAAAGGCCCGUGCUGUGGAAACUUCUGUCCCUCCCCUCAUUCCCUCCUGCCCGUGGUUAGACUCUCUCCAGGCCUGUCCACGUUCUCUGCCUGUGGUCCCUGCCCUGCCCCAACCUCUUCCCAAUCCUGUGCCACGUGCUAGGUGGCCCUGGGAGAGGUGGAAAGCGUUCCUCUUCCUUCCAUGUACCCAGAGCCCCUCCCCCAUUGAUGUUUAAUGACCAGGGUUGCGGGA